ACUGCGCUUCGACCCCGGGGCCGGAGAAGGCGCGGUCUAGGUGCUCGAGUUGUUGUGAGGUUGAUCUGGGAGAAAGGGGCAACGUGGAGAAACCCAGGGUCUCGCUCGUGGUCCGUUCAGUACCCCUGCUGUUCCCAUCCUGUGCUGGGGUCUCUGAACGUCCUGGUUUCUCUUGGGCUCACGUUCCGAGCUCUGCUGACAUGGAGUUUCAGAGAAGCACAUCUUCCUCAGCAAAUGAGGAAAAGUUGGAAGAAGACUGGAGACUGCUUCCUCUAGGAGAAGAUGGAAAACUUAACCAGUUUGGGUGGUUAUCCUAAUUCAGAUUUACCACGAAUACUCUAGUGAUUUAAUGGAAAAUGUGAACACUGGUUUUAGAGUUUGAAAGACAUAUCCCAAGCCUAAUCCAGGAAACUCUACAUUCAAUUAAGUAUAACCUGCCUAAGUAUGCAAGUUCUCCUCGUAUCUCCACUGAGAUUUCCUAUCUAAUAAUCUCACUAAUGUAAUGCAUUUUCUUUCCUUCUGCUUCUCACCCCUCUCCCCCAGCAUUCCUUGGAAGGUACCAAUUCUGUUCAGAUUUCUUCAGGCCGCUUCUCUUCAACGUCCUGGAAUGGCUCUCUCUGUUCUGUGAAACUUGGUGAAAGUGUCAAGUGGCCCUGGUUGUGGAGUUUCCUAGAUUCCUUUAUUGGGAGAGUUUACUUUGUAGCAUUUGGGACCAACAUUCUUCAUAUACUUGCGAAGAGCACGAGCUGUCUUGUGAGUUGCCCAGCACUUGCCUUGUGCAUCUGUCCUUCGAACCUCCAGGAAGAGUGGUCCUGGGGGCCCGGGUUCGAUCCCUGGUCAGGGAACUAGAUCCCACAUGCAUGCCGCAACUAAGAGUUUGCAUGCCACAACGAAGGAGCCCACGUGCCGCAACUAAGGAGUCCUUAAGCCGCAACGAAGGAGACUUUGAGCCGCAUCUAAAGGAGCCUGUUUGCCACAACUAAGACCCAGCGCAACCAAAAUAAAUAAAUAAAGUGGGAAAUCCUGGAGAAGUGGCAGAAGGAAAUGUAUCAGCAAGAAAUGAAGACCAAUCAUGAGACCCUUGAUUCCCUGGGCUGUAUUUCAAAGCCAGAUUUGAUCACCUGGAUGGAACAGGAAGAAUGCUGUUAAUUAGAGACCAAGGACACUUAGAGAAAACACAAAUGACACUUAGCCUUUCUGGUGGUACUCACCCAGUAACACAACUACUCCCCUGCCGGGGAUAAACAGUGACCAGGGAACUCUCCGGGCAAAAGAGAAGGAAUGCCAUUUAAAUGGUCUCCAAGAGCAGGGCUUCUGUGCUCCCUUAUCCAAGGAGGAAAAAAAGAUUUUAUCAGAUCAAAGAGCCGCCUUACAACACCCAAGUCUCCAAGAAACAGAGAUUCUAAAUAAAAGCCUCGACAUCACAGCAUCUAAUCAGGACAAGAAUGAUCCACGGCAUAAGCCAAUGGGAACCCCAGAUCACCUGGAAAUUCCACCAGGUCUGAGACUUUAUUCCUGCUUUGUCUGUAGGAAGGUCUUCCAGAUAAAGAGAGACUUUGUGAAGCACAAAAGGAACCACAGCGAGAGCCAGUCCUGUCAACAGCCGAAGCACAAAAACAAGUCCGGCGGGAAGGCGGAGCUCAGUGGCUCCGGCCAGUCCCGUGUAAGCAGCAGCCUUUCCGGCGCAGCGCGUGCUAGCUGAGCAGCUGUCUCAGGUGCAGCCUGGCCCCGCACCAGGUGGCUCGCCCGGGCCCGUGGCCCUUCCAGGGCCACGAGUGUGGCAAGGCCUUCUGGUCCAAAGCCGCCCUGAACACGCAUGUGUGUUCACCCAGAGGGGAGAGGCCAUUUUCCUGCCGCGAGUGUGGCCGGGGGUUCACCCAGCAGGACGAGCCGGCCGAGCACCUGCGGGUGCACAGCGGGAGGACACCCUUCCAGGGUCCGCAGGGCGGCAGAGGCCCCUCGAGGGAGGCGGCCGCGAAGGCCCACCGGCGGGCACACCGCGGGGAGAAGCCGUUCUCCUGUGACGACCGUGACCGGAAGUUCACCCACCGGAGCAAACUCACCCAACACGUCCGAGUUCACACGGGGGAGAAGCCCUUACGGUGUCGCGAGUGCCAGAGAAGCUUCCGCCUCAAGAGCAGCCUGCAGGCCCAUCUCUGUCGGCACAGCGGGAGGAAGCCCUUCCGGUGCCCCGAGUGCAGCCGGAGCUUCUCCUGGAAGGCCUCCUUGAAGGUGCACUGACGGCGGCACGCGGGCGAGCGGCCCUUCCCGUGCGGCGAGCGCGGCAAGGCCUACGCUCAGCCGUCCCAGCUCGCCGAGCACGCGAGGGUCCACAGCGGGGAGAAGCCCUUCCGGUGCCCGAGUGCCACAGGGGCUUCUGGCUCAGAGGGAACCUGAAGAAACACCUGCUCCAGCACAGCGGCCGGAAACCCUUCCCCUGUGCGACGUGUGGCCGAAGCUCCGCUCAGCGGUACAGGCUCACGGACCACGAGCGCGUCCACAGCGGCGAGAAGCCCUUCCGCUUCCCCGAGUGCGGCAAGAGCUAGUGCCUCCGGGGACGCUUGAAGGCGCACCUGCACACGCACAGCGGCGAGAAGCCCUUCGGGUGUCCCGAGUGCGGCAAGAGCUUCCUCCAGUAGAGAAGGCUGGAGACCCAUCUGCACCGUCACCGCGGGCAGAGGCCUUUUUCUUGUGCUGAGUGUGGAAGGGGCUUCACCUGGGGGGCUCAACACCCACAUUGCCGUGCACGCCAGGGAGCAGCCCUUCAGUCUCAAGGUCACUCCACUCAAAAAGCAGUGACAGCUCUGCGGUGGGGCCAUUGGCUCUGUUGGCUCUGGCUGGGCAGGACGAAAAAUUCACCCAACAUGCUUCAGCCACACUGGCCAGCACGGAGCAGGCUGCCGUGAGGGCUCCUUGACGAAGGUUCCAGAUAAUCCAGGCACAGCGUGUAGAGACGGGAGGAAAGCAGGCUUUCUGUGAAAGGCGCUAGUCAUCCUGAUGUGAGAGUCAGUUACCUCUGACUUUUGAGGAUGUGGCCGUUUAUUUCUCCGAGCAAGAAUGGCGGAAUCUAGAGGCGUGGCAGAAGGAGCUUUACAAGCAAGUAAUGAGAACCAAUUACGAGAUUCUUGUUUCUCUAGAUGAUGGACUUCCCAAACCAGAACUAAUAUCCUGGCUUGAACAGGGAAGAGAACUCUUCAAGAACUGGGGAGAAUCACAGAAAUCAGGAAACAUAAUUUGCUUCUCUGCUGAUUUGCAUUUGGAUCCAGUUAUUGAGGGACAACUGUUUGGGGGAAGCCAGCAAGCUGUGAAAUCAGGAGAAGCCCACUGCCAUUUCCAAGUAGAUCCUCUUCAGAGCCAGCGUUCCUCUGAACCCUUAUUAGGAAAAAGUGAAGAUGUUUCCUUCAGGGCUGACCAAGUCGUCGCCCUCCUGAACCCACACAGACAUGAUACUUGGGCUCUAGUUCCAGUAGUCCACAGCACCAGGGAACCCACCCAAAGAGACAGGAUCGUAAGUCCCAGGACCCUCGGUCUCCCAGGCUUCCAGGAAACCUCCAGGGAGGGCCUCCAGCACCCUUGCCACGUCUGUGGGGAAGGCUUUUGGAAGAACCUCUCAGAGCAGCACCAGGGGAGCCACUCGAAGGACCCGCCACACAGGGCCUGGAAUCAAUUACGCAAACAAACCGAGGCACAACAGCCGCUGAGCAUCCCUCGGGGACAGAGGCACUUCCGCUGUCCAGAAUGUGGGCGGGGCUUCCGCCGAAAGUCGUGUUUGCUUAGACCCCUGGCAAUCUACCCCGAGGAGAGCCAGCUGCUGGGCAGCGAGUGUGAAAUGUACGCCCACCACCUGCGCGCGGGGCCGAGGCCUUCCCAGUGCCCCGGCUGCGACGAGAGAGACCCCCGGGGCCCUCCCGGCGCGGAGAGGCCAGGCUCCCGGAGAGAGGGCGCCGGGGCCGCCUCCGAGCAGGCUGAGCUCCCGCGCUCGGGAGAGAAGCCUGGCCUGAGCCCGUCUGGCGAGGAGCGCCCGGAGGCUCUCGAGCCCGGCCCCGGCGCGGAGAGGCCGGCCUCCUGCGGCCCGUGCGGCCGGCGCUCGUCCCCGCAGUUCGGGCUUCCAGACCACACCCACGUGCUCAGCGCAGAGGGGCCCUUCCGGUGCGCCGAGUGCGGCCGGGCCUCCCGCCAGCGCGGGCGGCUGCGGCUCCACCGGCGGGUGCACUCCGACGAGCAGCCUUUCGCGUGCUCGGAGUGCGGCCUGGGCUUCCGGCUGAGGAGGCACGGCGGCGAGAGGCCGCUCUCCUGCGGCGAGUGCGGCCGCGGCUUCGCCCACCCGUGCAAGCUGCGCGAGCACCUGCGGGUGCACAGCGGAGAGCGGCCCUUCGGCUGCCCCGAGUGCGGCAAGAGCUUCCGCCUGAAGGGCAUCCUGAAGGCGCACGAGCGCACGCACAGCCGCGAGCGGCCCUUCCAGUGCGCGGAGUGCGGCAAGGGCUUCACGCGGCCAUCCAAGCUGGCCGAGCACUUCCGCGUGCACAGCGGCGAGCGGCCUUUCGGCUGCCCCGACUGCGGCCGCCGCUUCCGUCUCAAGGGGCAGCUGCGGAGCCACCAGCGCCUGCACACGGGCGAGAGGCCCUUCCCGUGCCCCGACUGCGGCAAGAGCUACCGCGUGAAGGCCGACAUGAAGGCGCACCGGCUGCUGCACGGCGGCCGGAUGCCCUUCUCCUGCGAGUGUGGCAAAGGCUUCGCCAAGCAGUCUAAGCUCGUGGAGCACAUCAGGACGCACACGGGCGAGAAGCCCUUUCAGUGUCCCCAGUGCGACAAGAGCUUCCGCCUGAAGGCGCAGCUGCUCAGCCACCAGGGCCUGCACACCGGUGAGAGGCCUUUCCGCUGCCCCGAGUGUGAUAAAAACUUCCGGGAAAGGGGCCACAUGCUUCGGCACCAGCGCAUCCACAGGCCCGACAGGCCGUUCGCCUGUGCACACUGCGGCAAGGGCUUCAUUUAUAAGUCGAAACUCGCCGAACACAUCAGAGUGCACACGAAGUCCUGUCGUGCCCCCAGUGAGCCUGACGUUAAGCAAAGGCUCAGCCAACUGUUUGCGAUGAUUGAGGCCGACUGGAGUUGAGGCCGAGUAGGGCGCCCAGAGCGGUCAGCAGAGUCGGUAUUGCCAGGGAGUCCACAGCCAGCGCAGCCAAAGCCAAAAUCUGGUAAGACAGAUGGAAGGAACAGGGGCCCUUUUUUGAGCAAGAAUGUAAUGCAAGUUAGGAAUAUGAAAAACCACAAAGAUUCUCAUUUAAAACAUCACCAGCUAUGUUUUCUAUCCAUUGAUAGAAAACAGUGGAUAGAAACAAUAGAUAGGUUUGUUCAUCCCACCGUCUUAACGGGUGAUUUUCCCCAGCGUGCUAAUUAGCGAACUCUGAAAUCCCAGCUUGAAUUUAGACAGCAGGAAAUCCCUCCAGUACUGUUCUCAAAGCUAAAAGGAUGGGGUGACUGUUAAAUGUCAACUCGUUCUUUUUUUCAUAGUAUGAUGAUAAGCAGGGGGUUUAACCGAGCGACUUUUGUUGCAGGCCUGAUAUGAUAGGAUUUGGUUUUGACUUAUUUGAAGCUAAAAGCAACAAAAUGAGUUCUCUGACUCAUGGUUUGUCUAUGUGAAUGCUGAAGUUUCAUAGUGAUUAUGCAUGGUUACCCUUAAGGAAAAGCUGAUAAGUCAAGCAAAAUUUGAUUAAUCUGGGUUGAAGAAAAUAAAACCGAAGGUGCUAAGUUGUAUGGGACUAGAGUUUUGUUUUGUUUUUUUAAAUUGAAGUAUAGUUGAUUUACAAUGUGUUAGUUUCAGGCGUACAGCAGUGAUUCAGUUAUACAUACAUAUAUACCUAUUUUUUUUUCAGAUUCUUUUCCCAUACAGGUUUUAUAAAAUACUGAGUAUAGUUCCCUGUGCUAUACAGUAGGUCCUUGCUGAUUAUCUAUUUUAUAUAUAGUAUCCCAAACUCCUAAUUUAUCCCACCCCACGGAGUGGGGGGUAGCUAGAGUUUAGAUAAGAGAUUGGGACAGGAGGUCGAUUUGGGAGUUCCAGAACACAGGUGCUGUUUGCAACUGAGAGAGUGAAUGAGAUUCCCAAGAGUGACUUUCUAGGCAGAUGACUAAAGUCUGAGUUAAGACAAAAUAACAAAGCUAAACAGCUUUAUUAGGGAGACUGACAGGCAACAACAGUUUCGUGUAGAGAGUUUUCGAGCAAACGUUCAAAGUAAACAUAAUACAAAUAGAAGUCAAGGAAAAUACCCCAUUUGUUACACUAGGUGAAGGUUGUGUGAGCACAGAAUGUUUAUACCCCAGGGACAGAGUUGUACUCCAUCCAGAGAAUUCCUGACUUGCAGAGGGUUUAUGUUUCAUUUAAAAGAAUGGCUGACCUGAAAUUCUAGGGAUGAUAGAAAAUGAGAUGUCAGUAAACUGUAAUAGACAUUACUAUAAAGCAAUAGUUCACAGAUGAUUUUCUCUGGAACACUAGCUCCAAAUAAAUAAGUUAAACAGUUCCCCCUCCUACACACGCAGAGAGUCUAUGACUCUCAAGAGGAAGACAUAAUGUAUAGUAUAUUCUGAAUAUAUUUGACCUUUUUUGACCUUGGGAUUCCAUUCUGUCUUUUUUUUCCCCGCCAGAAAAACCCACUAUGAUCUUGUGGACAUCAAUAGAGUUCUACAGAACUCAUUCUGGAAAAUAUUACUGAAGAACAGUCCUGGCUCCCGCCAGGUAGCCCUUAGUCUAAGACAGAAUAUCAGGGGAUGAACGCCCUCAGUUUUAGGUGACAAAACAGAACUUUAAGUCAGAAUAAAUCUUUAAUUGGUUUUAGAGCACCCUUUUUUCUCAUGUGAUAAGACACUAACAGAGGUGACUGAUGAUAUUAAGAGGUGAUAAGAUUUAGGCAGGUUUAUAAUCACUAGACACACAUGGUUAUGUCUGCUGUGUUCACGUGGCAGCUGACCUCACAGUGCAUGAGGAAAGAAGGGGCAGUGGCCCCUGCUGCAGAUGAGGGCCCGUGGUGAGAGGGAGCAGGAGGACGGGGAGGAGCGGGGUCCAUAGUGGGGGAGCUGGAGGAGAAGGGGUCUGUGGUGGGGGAAGGGGAGCAGGAGGAUGUGGCAGUGAAUCAUGUAGAGGCUUUGAGGGAGACUGAAGGCCAGGGCCUCUAGCUCAGUGUUCUCACAUAUUUCCUGUUAUAAUUGGAGGAUCUCAGAGAUAGUAGAAGAUCCCGAGUGUUCGAGUUUUGUUAGAAACUGGAAGGGUUUUGGAGGAAGUUGAGAAAAAGAGCACGACCCAACUAAACCCCAGUACCCUAGGCUGCCCACACUACAAAUGAAAAAGAUACCAGAGUGGUGUUUAACAAGUAGAGGGAUUUCUGGGAAGGAAGGUAUUAUAAGCACAGGUUCCUACAACUUCUCUUCCUUUCCUGCCCAAAAUUCCUUAAAAAAAAAAAAAUCACUGCUAAGAUAUUCUGGUGAAAUCCCUGAACUUCCCAAAAAAAGAAGGAAAAAAAAGUAUUCUGUCACCUGCAAAGGAAUAAGAACUCUGAUUGGCGGAACAAUGAAGAUCAUAUUAAAGGGACAGAAUGGUUAGAAAAAAUCCAUUUAAGUCAAGAAGACAAGUUGUCUGCUGAGCCAUUAUUUAACAUUAUAGAAUACAUCAUAUUACUGUGUACCUGGAACAUCCAAGAGAAUCAGCUAGGUAACUACUACGAGUAAGAAAAAUGACCCUAUUCACAAAAGUGCAGUUACUAUCUUGAUUCCAGAUAGGAAUUCAGCACACGCUUAUGUUUGUGUCUUCUGCCUCUCAGUAUCCCAUUGAAAUUAUAGUAAAGGGAUUUUUCUUCAAAGUCUGUACAUCCACAACAAAGAACAGAAUUCCGAGGAGACCAUCACCAGAUAAGAAAUUUCAAUAGAUUUCAGAAAGUUAUUAAAGAAUGGUAUCUAAUGAAGAGGAUCAGAGGACUGAGCUGAGGGGACUUUUUUUUUAUUUUGCGGUACGCGGGCCUCCCACGGCUGUGGCCUCC